CUGGGGCCUCCUCUUGAUAUACUGCUGGAUUCACUGAACUGCACAGCAUUUAGCGUGCAAUGGAGGAUGCCAAAGCAGCAUACAAGCACCAUCACAGGAUAUACGGUCUUUUACUCAGAAGUGGAAGAUGACAAAGCAGUUAAGCAGCUCUCGCAUGAUGUUCCCCUGAGUUUGGAUAUGGUUAGCAUGGGUCAGCUUGAAGGACAAGCAAUUUUUGAAGUUGUUAUUGGUGAUCUAAAGCCAGGCACUCCGCACCGUGUUAGUGUUGGAGCAUACGGCUGGGCAGGGAAAGGACGACCCAGCGUGCCCAGAGAUGUGACAACCUUAUCCCAAGAUAAGUGCAUGCCCCCUGCACCGCCCCAUCAGCCCCAGAUCGUGGUAGUUUCUGAUUCAGAAGUUGCGUUAUCCUGGAAGCCUGGAAGUGAAGGAAGUUCUCCCAUCCAGUACUACACAGUGGAGUUUAUCAGGCCAGAUCUUGACAGCAAUUGGACGGUAAUAAGAGAGCAGAUCCAGAUGGAGUCCAUGGUUCUUAAAGGACUUCUCCCAAACACUAAAUACCAGUUCGCCGUCCGAGCAGCAAACUCCUAUGGAUCCAGCCCUGCCAGUGCACCGAGUGACAUCAUCCGAACAUUCAGCUCUGAGGAACUAGGAAGUGGAAGCUAUGGGCAUCGAUAUAUCACAGGCACAGUGACUGGUGAUGAUGAUGGAUUUGAAAUCGAUGACUCUGACUAUGACAUUUAUAUAGAAGAGCUCAGACCUCUUCCUGCUAUUAAAGGAGGCAACAGAAAAUUUCUGGUUGAAACUAAGGUCACACCAGGGUCUAGCUCCAGGCUCUUGACACGGGUCCUUACAACCACUUCUGAACCCACUACUUCCACUCCCACCACCACACGGCCCUCAACCACAGCAAGGGCGACUACAGCUCAGGCUUCGAGGAGCGGCAGCACAUCUUCUGCUGCUCGCUUCUUUGAUCUGUCCUGCGAUGAGGCCAUCUGUUCUGCAGACAGCUUUUGCAUCAAUGACUAUGACCGGGGUGGCUCACGCUGCCACUGCAACUUGGGAAAAGGAGGAGAGACAUGUGAGGAAGACAUUACUAUCCAGUAUCCUCAGUUUUCUGGCUACUCAUAUAUCACCUUUGAACCACUGAAAAACUCCUAUCAGACAUUUCAAAUUACCCUUGAAUUCAGGGCUGAAUCAGAAGAUGGUUUGCUGCUAUACUGUGGAGAAAAUGAACAUGGUCGCGGUGAUUUUAUGUCACUGGCAAUCAUCCGACGUAGCAUUCAGUUCAGGUUCAACUGUGGCACUGGAGUUGCAGUCAUAACUAGUGAAAACAAGAUCAAACUGGGGAACUGGCACAGUGUCACGUUGUUCAGAGAUGGGACUAACGGCUGGCUCAGGAUGGACAAUGAUGCUCCAGUGACAGGAAAAUCUCAGGGCCAAUACACUAAAAUUACGUUCCAGACUCCCUUCUAUGUUGGUGGUGCCCCCAGCGUGUACUGGCUGGUCAGAGCCACAGGCACCAACCGUGGGUUCCAGGGUUGCGUUCAGUCACUCAGCAUCAACGGAAAGAUAAUUGAUAUGAGACCCUGGCCAUUAGGGAAAGCUCUCAGCGGUGCUGAUGUCGGUGAGUGUAGCAGUGGCAUCUGUGAUGAGGCAUCCUGCAUCAACAGUGGUACCUGUACUGCGAGCAAAGCAGAUUCAUACAUUUGCCUUUGUCCUCUUGGAUUUAAAGGUCAUCAUUGCGAAGAAGCACUCACCUUGGCCAUACCUCAGUUCAACGAGUCCUUAAGGUCAUUUGCUAGCACACCCUGGCCCUUGGAACCACAGAAUUACCUUUCCUUCAUGGAGUUUGAGAUGACUUUUCGUCCAGAUUUAGAGACUGGUGUCCUUUUGUACAGCUACGACACAGACAGCAAGGACUUCCUCUCCAUUAACAUGGUGGCUGGUUAUGUGGAGUUCAGGUUCGACUGUGGCUCAGGAACAGCUGUUAUCAGGUAA